GCUGUCGUAGCGGUGGAGGCUGCGUGUUGUUUCUCUGCGGACUCGAAGGAUGUUUGGGCACCCCGGUGCUCCCCCCGCUGGCAGACGGGCGUCAUGACGCACUGAAGGCGAGCUUGCCCGUCAGAGCCGGGUCAUGGCUGACCCCGCCUACUCCGACCUGAUCGCCAGGCAUUACAAUUACACAGGCAAAUUCCGCAAGUUGGAUGGAGGCUCGGGCCUGAAGGCUGAUUCAGUGAUCUUCAUCGUGGUGUGCUGUUUAAUCGUGCUGGAGAACCUGCUGGUCCUGGCCACCAUUUGGAGGACCAAGAAGUUCCACAAGCCCAUGUACUACUUCAUCGGGAAUCUGGCGCUGUCCGACCUGCUGGCUGGCAUGGUCUACACAGCCAACAUCCUGCUGUCAGGCGCCAACACCUACAAGCUGACGCCCACCCAGUGGUUCCUGCGUGAGGGUUCUAUGUUCGUAGCACUGGCGGCGUCCGUGUUCAGCCUGCUGGCCAUUGCUGUGGAGCGUCACCUGACCAUGCUGAAGAUGAAGUUACACAACAGUGGCAGUGCCAGCCGCGUAUUCCCGCUCAUCAGCGCCGUGUGGAUGGUGGCGGCACUGCUGGGCGGCCUGCCGCUGAUGGGCUGGAACUGCAUCGGCCAGCUGAGCCGCUGCUCUACCGUGCUGCCGCUCUACCACAAGACCUACAUCCUGUUCUGCACCACUGUCUUCAGCGUCAUCCUCAUGGCCAUCGUGGCGCUCUAUGCCCGCAUCUACGCACUGGUGCGCGCCCGCAGUCGUCAGCUGGUCUUUCGCAAGGCGCCCAACGGCGGCAAGAGCUCCGAGAAAUCCAUGGCACUGCUCCGGACCGUCAUGGUGGUGCUGAGCUGCUUCAUAGCUUGCUGGGCACCGCUUUUUGUCCUCUUGCUGCUGGACGCCGCCUGCCACACACUCCAUUGCUCCAUCCUCUACAAGGCCGAGUGGUUCCUGGCGCUCGCCGUCCUUAACUCAGCCACCAACCCGCUCAUCUACACGCUGACCAGCAAUGAGAUGCGCCGUGCCUUUCUCAAGACGCUGCUCUGCGGCGCCACCAGCCUGCGCUCCGCCGCCGCCAGCCUUGGCCGGCCCGGCGUGGGUGCAGAGUUUAGCCGCAGCAAGUCAGAUAACUCCUCCCACCCCAACAAAGAGGAGGUGGAGUAUACCCCAAGUGGGGCGAGGGGGGCCGAGGUCACCUCUUCUUCAUCCUAAAAGUCGCACCCCCCAUGAACCUUGAAGUGCAGCAUCCUCAGACUGGCAUCAGCAUAGUUUAUAUAAACACCUCACCUGCAGCAGACAACACCCCCUCGCCGCUGGUUUGACCAGGUGACCUGAAAACUGCGACUUGGUGUAGACGUUUAACUAGGAAAAACCUUGGGCCGUCCUGCUGCAGAUGAUUUGGUCACGUGACUCUGGCAGGUGAGUUCACAGCUCAGCUGUGUCACGCCAUGCCUCACUUCCUUCUACUGCCUUUUUGACGUACCGUUCCAUGUUAUGUGUAGCGUGGUGCUGAAAUUCGCGUCGUUCCCAUCCUUCCACGACCAUUUUGUUUUUCAUGUUGACGUUUUUGGAGCGGUGUGAUGUCUCUUGCGCGUUUUGCUUUUCACAUUUCAUCGGUUCCCCCGUCGUCUCGUCGUGUUUCAACGUAGUUUUGAAAGUCACUUAAGAUUUGUACCAUGUCCAACUGUCCAACUUCCUGUGUGCUUGUGUGUAGUCAUGUCGCCACAGUAACUUGCUGUGAUGAUUUUAUUGAUUAAUUGUCUCUGUUUAAUUUUCAUAGUGUUUAAUAAAGACACAAUAAUUAGAAGUCAGUCUGAGAAGUUUUUCUUCCAAAAUCCCAAACCCCUUCACAUUUGACCCCACCGACGUCCGUGCACCUUUG